CCGCGCAGCCGGAGAAUGCGAUAUGCAACAUCUGUUCAAAACAAAAACAAUAUCCUAUUUUGGUCAACACCACCAUUGAUAUUCAAUAAUCAUUCAUAAUCAAUCAUAUAGUAUACACUAACCAUUUAAUUUAAUUUCUACCAAAAAAAUCAAUAAUCAUCAUGGACAGUAAAAGAAUCAUCGAAUCUUCUUCUUCUUCUUCUUCAAGUCCUCUUCUAUUCAGAGGAAACGCUGAAUCACAAUCACAACAGUAUGAUUCUUCCGAUGAUGUUGCUUCCAACGACGAACAACACAAACAAAAGAUUACUUCUUCUUCUUCUUCUUCUUCUAUACCACCUCCUACUCUCACAUUUACCACCCUUGUAGCUGUUUUUGGUUCUUACGUUUUUGGAACUGCUAUCGGAUAUUCAUCCCCUACUCAAGCUAGAAUCAUGAUUGACCUCAAUCUUACUGUCGCACAGUUUUCAAUUUUCGGUUCAAUAUUAACCAUUGGAGCAAUGAUCGGUGCCAUUGUUAGUGGUACAAUAGCAGACUACGCUGGUCGACGUCUUGCCAUGGGAUUCUCGCAGCUAUUCUGCAUUUCGGGAUGGCUUGCCAUUACAAUCGCAAAGGAUGCUUGGUGGCUGUACAUUGGAAGACUGUUGGUAGGAUGUGGGAUUGGCCUGCUAUCUUAUGUGGUACCAGUUUAUAUAGCAGAAAUAACGCCAAAGAAUCUUAGAGGGGGAUUCACCGCAGUUCAUCAGCUAAUGAUCUGUUGUGGGAUGUCAUUAACUUAUCUUAUUGGUGCAUUCGUUAAUUGGCGGAUUUUGGCUAUAAUAGGAAUUGUUCCAUGUCUUGUACAACUUCUGAGUGUACCCUUUAUCCCAGAUUCUCCUAGGUGGCUGGCAAAGAUGGGUCGCUUGAAGGAGAGUGAUUCUUCUUUACAGCGCCUUAGAGGGAAGAAUGCUGAUGUUUAUAAAGAGGCCAAUGAAAUCAGAGAUUAUACAGAAGCCCUUCAGCAACAAACAGAAGCUAACAUUAUUGGCUUAUUUCAAUUGCAAUAUUUGAAGUCACUUACAGUAGGACUCGGCUUGAUGAUACUACAACAGUUUGGAGGGAUUAACGGCAUUGUUUUCUACGCAAAUUCUAUAUUUAUAUCAGCUGGGUUAUCGGAAAGUAUUGGAACUAUAGCAAUGGUUGCUGUUAAGAUUCCAAUGACAACUUUAGGAGUAUUUUUGAUGGAUAAAUCUGGAAGACGACCACUUUUACUGUUGUCUGCAGUGGGAACUUGCUUAGGAUGCUUCCUCGCAGCCCUAUCAUUCUUCUUGCAGGACAUACAUAAAUGGAAGGAAGUCAGUCCUAUUUUGGCGCUUGUUGGUGUACUGGUAUAUGUUGGAUCUUACUCGCUAGGCAUGGGAGCAAUUCCCUGGGUUAUAAUGUCUGAGAUAUUUCCUAUUAACGUUAAGGGUUCUGCUGGAAGUUUAGUAACCUUAGUUAACUGGUUGUGUUCUUGGAUUAUAUCAUAUGCUUUUAACUUUCUCAUGACUUGGAGUUCAACAGGAACUUUCUUUGGAUUCGCUGCCAUAUGUGGCUUCACUGUUUUAUUCGUAGCAAAACUGGUUCCUGAGACCAAGGGGCGCACGCUAGAAGAAAUUCAAGUUUCCUUGAAUUCAAAUUCAAUGAAGAAAUGAAUUUCUUGUACAAAACACCCAUUAAGAAGCUUCCAAAAAUUGCAGACUGAUUGCAAAUAAAGGUUUCAUGAAACAUCAUUGCAUAAAAAGAUGGGAAAGCAGGAAACUUGCAUUAGGGAAGUCUCACAAUAUAAUAUUGUAUUGUAAUAGUCCGAGGUUUACUUUUUUUUUUUUUUUGACAGAACGUGAUUUACACAUCCUUAUAAAUAGGUGUUUAUACCAAAACGUCAUCAGUUGUUUUUCUGGAAUUUUAUUUGGAGGAUGGUUUUUUUUUUUUUUUUUGAGGGAUUGGAGGAUGGGGUUGUUUAGACAAUACUAUGUCUAUUUGAAUUUAGAUAUUAUACUCAAGUAUUUCAUACCUUGCGUACAUUAUUUUGUAUUUA